UGUAUAAGGGUACUAGUUUUUGUAGCGCAACAACUUUGAUUUUUAAGCUGAAGUCGUACCAACUCUAAUGCAAUUUUAAAGAGAGAGUGCCAUUUAUUUAAUAUAUUUAUGAUUUUUUUUUCUUUUUGGCAGGACAUCUCAGAUAUCAAUGUGCAGUUCCCUAACUUGGCUCAAGACAUUAACAUCCCAAAGCUUUACCCUGAAGACAGAUUCUUUUCCAGUGUGUUUAGAAUCAGUUCACCUCAAGGACAGUUAUGGACACAUUAUGAUAUUAUGGAUAACCUUUUGAUUCAGGUAACUGGCCAGAAGCGUGUUGUCCUAUACAGCCCACAAGAUGCCACAAAACUUUAUUUAAACGGUGACAAAUCGGAAGUGUUGGACAUCGAUAAUCCAGACUUGUCAAGAUAUCCAAAAUUUGCUGAGGCAACACCGUUUGAAUGUUUCAUGGAACCUGGUGAUGUUCUGUUUAUCCCUGCCAUGUGGUUCCACAAUGUGAUAUCUUUACAGUUCGGGGUAGCAGUCAAUGUAUUUUGGCGCCAUUUGGACCCAUGUUACUAUGACAACAAGGACACAUACGGCAACAAGGAUUUGGUGCCUGCCACCAGGGCCAUGCAAAUAAUGGACCGAGCUAUCAAGGCCUUGGAGGAACUCCCUGAGGAGUGCAGAGAUUUUUAUGCGAGAAGAGUAGUUUGUAAAGUUAAAGAAAAAUGUUAUAGUCGAAAACACAUCAACAGUUUUAACGAGGCUAAGAAAUCUGAAUAAAUUAAAGCGACAAAUAUUCAUGUUUGAAAAGUGCACAUUUUGUUGUUUGUAUAUUAAGGAGCUAAGCAGCGAGAACGGUGACGCCGAGGGCGACGCCUACUCAAAAAGGAAUUUCUAUUUUACCAACGAAAUUCGCAAUUGUCUAGAUCUGUUCAGUACGCCUAUUGGUCUAAAAACGUGCUCAG